AUGGCAUUUUCAUCGAGAUUGUCGCGUGUUUCGCGCAUUUUGGAUAAUGCCCGCAUCCCUAAACUGCUUGUCCGCUACAAAGGCGCGACUCUAGCAGCUCUUGGGCUCGCCAUCGUCGCCCCGUUUGCCUUUCGAGACUACCAGACGUUCCUAUCGUACGGUCCAGGGGGUUUGCCAUAUAACGUCGUCGGAUGGCUACUAUCCAAUGUAAUGCGUCUUCUCUCUCGCGAACAGCUGUCGACCCGUCCGUACAAAGACAAGAGUCUGUAUCUUUCGGACAGUGCUGGAUCUCUCCCGCCAGGCUUCCCUCCUCGUCGCAAUUCUCCGCGUCCUCGAUUUGGCGUUCAUCCAGUUCCCCAGCGACAGGUGUCACAACUACCAGAUGCAGAGACGCGUCAGGAGCUCAUCGCGCGAUUCACGGCCCUGGGAGAGGCUGCCCAAGAGCUAGGCCUCGUUGAAAUCAAACAAAGCCUGUACGAGCGUCGCCAUUCCGCACUAUUCGUCUCCAAGAAACGCGAGUGGCAUCCAGUUGCACAGGAAACUCGUGGAGAGAUCACGCACGUCCAUGCUGGCUUGGACGGCAGCAUCCACGUGACGCUACACCCGAAAGACUGCAAGAAAGUCAUUGAAGCAGCAUGGGGCCAACGCCACGGUCUCGCGGGUGUCGGAUACGUGCAUCUGCCGAUCACCUACCUCGUGGUGUAUGCCCCGCGGGAUGAGGCGGAAGUCCAGAUCGUCUUGACAAUUGUAAGAGCCUCUAUUGCUUUCAUGGCUGGAUCCACCGAGAUGUUGGAGUAG